AUGACAAAUCCUGGUUCUUUCACAAUGUUACAUAAAUCAGAGGACGGGCGCUUCAUGUAUGUUUUUGUCGCACUAAAUGCAUCAAUCAUAGGAUGGAAAUACUGUUACCCUAUUGUAGUGGUUGAUGGGACAUUCCUCAAAUCAUCACACAGAGGAACAAUGUUAACAGCUAGCGCACAAAAUGCGGCAGGUAAAAUUUUUCCACUAGCAUACGCUGUUGUAGAUUCUGAAAAUGAUGCUUCCUGGGAAUGGUUUUUUGAAAUGUUUAGACAGGCUUUUGGGGAAAGGGAAAGGAUGUGCAUCGUAUCGGAUAGUCAUGCAAGCAUAUUGAGGGGUGCUUCGAUUGUGUAUCCAGAGGUAUCUCACUGCGUAUGCAUCUUUCAUCUUUGGAAUAACAUAAAGAAGCAGUUCAAGAAGAACCAUGACUGGCUGAGGGAAGUAUUUUUUGCAAUGGCCAGAGCAUACAAAAUUGAAGAUUUUAAUCGCCUCAUGCAAGAUAUGGACAGCGUUGAUAAGAGGGUAAGGGGUUACCUAUUCCAAGUUGGUUAUGAAAAGUGGUCUAUAGUGCAUUCCACUAUUAAUAGAUCCAUGGUGAUGACUUCAAAUAUUGCCGAGUCACUCAAUGCAAGGAACAGAGAGGCAAGAGAGCUACCAAUCAUGAGUUUGCUAGAUUACAUGAUGAAUUUGGUUAUGGAAUGGAAUAAUACAAAUAGAAUGACUGCAAUGAGUACAUUUAUUGGCGUAGGAAAAAAAUAUCAUGAAGUACUGAAGGAAAAUAGCUAUUUGUCGCAGAAGAUGACGGUGAGGCCUUCAACCGAUUAUGUAUAUGUAGUAAUGGAUGCUGAACAAAGGCGGAACAUAGUCUGCAUGCAAAAAAGAGAAUGCUCGUGCAAACAAUUUCAAGUGGAUGAGAUUCCUUGUCCACAUGCUAUGGCAGUAUUGGACUACACACACAUGGAAGCACCCAAAUAUUGUUCUGCCUAUUACACCAAGGAAUACUUCAAGAAGACAUAUGAAGUGCCAGUUAAUCCACUUCCAGAUGAAACUUCAUGGGACCUUCCAACAGAGGUGUUAGAUAAUGUGGUCCUACCACCGAUAGUGAAGGGCAAACCAGGAAGACCGACGAAGUCGCGACGCAAGGGACUUUAUGAAUAUUUGUACACUGAAACUGUUACAUGUGGACUGUGUGGUGCAUGUGUUAGAUAUUAG